UCAGCAACUUAUAGAGGGACUGCGGAGGACAUUCUGACACUGGGGGGAACUGACUUGAUGUCACUGACAUCUCCAGUGACACUAAUACAGUGAACUGUGCUAAUAAAAAGCACUGACACUGUACUAAUGACACUGGGCAGGAAGGGGUUAACAUCUGGGGCGAUCAAAGGGUUAACUGUGUGCUGUGUGUGUUUUUACUACGUAUGCUGUGUUUUUUACUUGGGAGACAUGCUGCUUUGUAUCUCUCUGCUGUGCAGAGAGAUACAAAGCAGCAUGUCCAUAUUGACAGGAGAGAGAUCUGUGUUUACACACAGAUCUCUCCCCUCUCAGCCCUGCUGACAAUCACCAAGUCUCGGCUAGGAAUC